AUGGAUUCCAAAAUAAUCUCCUCACAAAUUAUCAUCAAGCCACAACAGAAUACUGCCACCAAAAUAAUGGUGGCUAAUGGACAAAAUUUCAAACGAGUUCCAGAUGUUUAUGAACGCCCCCUGAUGGUAAAUGCCUGGUGUCAAACGACAAAUGAUGACUUCAAAUUCCUUUACGAAUUCGAACACAAAAAAGAACAGACCAAACGGGAAAAUGAACUGUUGGAAAAAAUACGCAUUCUGGAAGAAAAUCUUAAGGCCCACACCGAAUUACUUUCUCAAAUACAUGCAACAUCGGCAAGGACUUCGGCUCUGCUAGGACAAUCCGCAACUACCACUACAACAACAGCAGCAUCUACUACUGAGCAACUCACCAUCAAACCCAUACAAAUACAAACUAUCGAAUCACAGUCCUCAUCUACAAUAAAUUCCUAUAAAGUCACCGAAUCCAGUCCAAGACUUAGCAAAAGUUCACACAACUCUCCAACUAGCUCAGUGAUAAAUCCAAUUCAUCAAAUUCCUUCCAACCACACAGAAAGCAUAAAAUACACCAUAAUUGCAGAGGGGGCUGGAGAUGCCCACGGCGAACCAAUAGAAAUACAAUUGGCCGAAGAUGAUGGUGCUUUGAAUCUAAAUAACUCUGCAGAUUCCGAUCGUUUGGAAAUAUGUUUGGCAUCGGAUGAUAUGGAAAUUAAAACGGAAACAGUGCAAACAACUCUUCCAACAACAACCACAAUUACUCCCCUGUCACGCAAUAACUCCAGUGAACAGAACUUCUUAAAACGUAGGCGAUUGCCGGCAGAUGAAAAUGAAGAACCAAUGGAAAAUUCCUUUUACGAACCAACACAAAGGAGACACAGCAACAACAAUCUGGCAAACAUCAAAACUGAAAAUGUCUACGCCACACCUAAACAACAAUCGUCACCAUCGCCAGGAAAUAACAUGGACACGGCGGAAUACAAACUUAACAUAGACAAUGUUAUGGUGUCGAUUGGUCCCAACAAUACCAGAAUACCCGCCAAAAUCUAUGAAAGUAUGAAUUGGAGUUCGGCAUCGAUUGCAACGCGUAAACUACUCAUGGCCAUAUUCGAUCGCAAAACCUUGGCAACGCAUUCGAUGACGGGAAAACCAUCACCAGCCUUCAAAGAUCAUGGCAAGCCAUUGAAACAAAUGUUAGAUCCAUCGGCAAUACAGGAUAUUAUUUUUGCCGUGACGCGUAAAUGUAAUGUCUCGGAAAAGGAGGUGCGCAAUGCCAUUACCACAAAAUGUGCCGAUGAAAAUAAAAUGAUGAAACUGCAAUUGAACAAGCGUACACCAAUGCGUGAAAUCAAAAAGGAAAAUAGUAUUACCGUUAAGACGAAUAUGAUGAUGUAA